CUGCGCCUGCGCGUGCCUGCAGAGUUCCUGGACAUCUGGGACGUGGACCUGAUGAAGAAACGAGAGCAGGGCAACACGAUUGCGCACCGCACGGACGCCUACCAAAGCAACUAUCUGAUCGUCCGCCGAGGUCAAGAGUUCCAGCUGGAGAUCACCUUCGACCGCCCCUACCAGCCCAACAAGGACAAGUUUGCCGUGGAGUUUGUCAUCGGUUCCAAUCCUCAGUACAGUAAGAACACGUACAUUCCCGUCUUCCCCGGCCCGGUCCACCAGGGCUCGUGGCUGGGCCGCGUCAUCCAGACCUCGGACAACGUGGUGCGCAUGGGCGUCACGCCCGCCGCCAACUGCAUCGUGGGAAAAUACCAGAUGUACGUGGCCGUGGCCACCCCGUACGGCAUCCGCAGGACCAAGCCGGACAAGGGCCGCGCCCUCUAUGUUCUCUUCAACCCCUGGCUGGCGGCGGACGCCGUGUUUCUGGACGACGACGUCGAGCGGGACGAGUGCGUGAUGACGGAGACGGGGAUCAUCUACCACGGCUCCCACGACGACGUCGCCGAGCGACAUUGGAACUACGGGCAGUUCAACUACGGCGUUCUGGACGCCUGCCUGUACAUCCUGGACCGGUGCCAGAUGCCCCUGGUCAACCGAGGGGACCCCAUCAAGGUGGCCAGAAGGGCUUCCGCCAUGCUGGACUCUCGCGACGACGACGGCGUGCUGGUGGGCAACUGGAGCGGCGACUACACCUACGGCGUGGCGCCCACCGCCUGGACCGGCAGCACGGAAAUCCUCCUCACCUACGCCAGCAGCAAGAUGCCCGUGUGCUACGCGCAGUGCUGGGUCUACGCCGCCAUCUUCAACACCUUCCUGCGCUGCCUGGGGAUCCCGUCGCGAGUCGUCACCAACUACUACUCGGCCCACGACAACGACGGCAACCUGAAGUCGGACAUCAUCCUGGAUGAAAACGGCCGGGUGGAUCGCAGCCGGACCAGGGACUCCAUCUGGAACUAUCACUGCUGGAACGAGUGCUACAUGUCCAGACCGGACCUCCCGCCCGGCUUCGGGGGCUGGCAGGUGGUGGAUGCCACACCGCAGGAGACCAGCGACGGCUUGUACAGAUGCGGCCCGGCGUCCAUCCGCGCCAUCAAACACGGCGAAAUCUGCUUCCCCUUUGAUGCCGCCUUUGUCUUUGCGGAGGUGAACAGCGACGUGGUGUUUUAUUCCCGGGGGAAGGACGGCAGCAUGCAGCCGGUCAGGGUGAAUCGCAGCCACGUGGGCCGCAUGAUUCUGACCAAAGCUCCCGGUGGCUCGAGUCGCCGCGACCUCACCCAUCAGUACAAGUUCCCCGAAGGCAGCGCCGAGGAGCGCACCGUCCUGGAGAAAGCGGAGGCGUACAGCUGCAAGAGAGAGAAGGCGGACCUGCCCCCGGGGGACGUGGACCUGGUCCUGUUGGACGUGCGGGCCGGCGUCGGCGACGACUUUGACUUGACUCUGAAGUUCGUCAACGGCAGCGGCGCCCGGCGUACGCUGGAGGCCUACGUCAGCGGCAGCGUGGUCUACUACACGGGCCUCGUCAGCUCCGAGUUCCUCUUCGCCACCCCCUCCGUCCAGAUGGAGCCCGGCGGCCACGCCAAAGAGUCGGUGCGCGUCGAGGCCGAGCGCUACAUGAAGGCGCUGGUGGAGCAGUCCAACCUGCACUUCAUCGUCACGGGGAAGGUCGCCGAGACCGGACAGAUCAUCAGCGCCAUGAAACUCAUCCGCCUGCACGGUCCCACGCUCACCGUCAAGGUGAGCGGCCCCGCCAAAGUCAACGAGGAGAUGAUGGCCACGGUGGAGUUCACCAACCCCCUCGGCAGCAGCCUGGAGGGGGUCUACGUUCGCAUGGAAGGAGCCGGACUCAUGCUGCCCAAGUCCAAAUAUUACAGGCUCAUCGCCGGGGGCGCCUCUUUCAUCUGGAGCGAGUUCUUCACCCCGCAGAGGGCGGGCACCACCAGGCUGAUGGCCACCCUGGACUGUCCCGCUCUCAGGCAGGUGCACGGCCAGGUCACGCUCACCGUUGAGGCCUGAGGACACCCGCGGCUCCCCCGCCGCCUUUGUGAGUCGGCGAAAUAAAUUUGCCGGUGGCGGCCAACCCGC